AUGCCUGAUCAAAGUGAACAAACCCUUACACAAUCAAUGUCGAAUCCACAAUUGGCUACCAACAGCCCAGCAGAAUCUAAACCGAAAAUAAACUUCCAAGCGCUACAAGAAAACGAAACUUUUAAGAAUUUCACUCAGCGCCUAGCUGUAUACUUUCUGUUGAACAAUAUCACAGAUGCGAAAUUCAAAGUGUACACAUUACUCUCGGCAUUACCUCCUAUACUUCACCAGAAACUCUACGACCUAUGCUCUCCGGAAGAACCAAUCAACAUGAAUUUUAAGGAACUAACAGAUUUAUUAGACGACUUGGCAACACUCGCAAAUCCACUAAACAGAUUAUUAAAAAGAGAAAACAAGUUCAUUUGGUCAUCAGAAUGCGAGACUUGUUUCAAUAAUAUAAGGAAGGAAAUCGCCAGUGACAGAGUUCUAGCACAUUUCGAUCCAAAGAAACAAUUAAUUAUAGCCACUGACGCCUCACCUGUAGGAUUAGGAGCAGUACUUUCACAUAGGCUACCAGAUGGAUCAGAAAGACCUGUGGCAUUUGCGUCGAGAACAUUAGCCACAAGUGAAAGGAAAUACAGCCAAAUAGAUAAGGAAGCUACAGCCAUAUUCUGGGGUAUCAAAAAAUUUUUCCCUUAUUGUUAUGGACGGAAAUUUACACUGGUGACAGACCACAAGCCACUUACUUCCAUCUUCCAUCCCCAUCAAACACUCCCAGCCCUAAGCGCCAUGAGGCUUUUUCACUACGCACAUUUUCUUUCGGGAUUCGACUACGAAGUCGAAUACAGAGCUGCCGCUAAACAUGGCAACGCGGACUACCUAUCUAGAUUCCCUGUGGAAACAGUGCACGAAACCUACGAAGACCAGCAUUGCAUCUAUCAACGCGCUCAAAUCAACGUUUUAGACAUCAAUCCAAUGACCAUUGUCCGGGAAACGCGGAAUGAUGAGGAACUAAAUACCUUGCGAGAGGCCCUACAAAAUGGCAGAUCCUUACGCGCAAUAGGUUUCAAUGACAAUGAAUUCACGCUUCAGGAUGACUGUAUCCUCAAGGGAACUCGAGUCGUUAUACCACAAAACCUACGAGAGCAAGUACUAGACGAACUCCAUGCCGGGCACAGUGGUAUAGUCAAAAUGAAGGCUCUAGCUCGCAGCCACGUUUAUUGGAGAAAUAUCGAUAGAGACAUCGAACAGAAAGUAAAGUCAUGUAGGGCGUGCCGUUUACAACAAAACGAACCCCCUAAGGCCCCACUACAUCAUUGGGAGCAACCGACGGGGCCGUGGCAAAGGCUGCACAUCGAUUUUGCCGGACCGAUUCAAGGCCAACAGCUCUUAAUAAUCGUGGACGCAUUUACAAAAUGGGUUGAAAUACUACCAACAAAAAAUACCACAAGUUCCUGGUGUAUUAAGAAACUAAGGGAAUUGUUUUCAAUCUUUGGAAUCCCAUAUACACUUGUGUCAGAUAACGGACGUCAAUUUGUAUCAGCAGAAUUUACGGAUUUCAUGGAUAAAUGCGGAAUAGUACAUAAAACGUCAGCUCCUUACCAUCCGGCCACAAACGGGCAAGCCGAACGCUACGUACAGACCAUUAAAAAGGCAAUACGUGCAAUGGAGGGGGAGGAAGGCGACUUACUAAGUAAGCUAGUGACGGUCAAGACGCGUCUGAGACGCACCCCCAACAGCGAGGGACAAAGUCCGUACCAGCUAAUGUUUGGCCGUGACAUUCGAACUUCCCUUCACGCUAUGUUUCGCAAAAUACCGCAGACUACAUCGAGAGCCAGCAUCGACAUGCCCACAGUUAAGAUGUUCACACCAGGCGACCGGGUCCAAGUCAGGGCCUACGGCUCCCAGAGAUGGGCCUUUGGAACGAUCUUACGACGUCUGGGCCAACUGCAUUAUGAGGUCCAAACAGAUUCAGGAACAGUCUGGCGCCGGCAUGUAGAGCAGCUUUUGCCUGCUCCAGGAAUUCGAGAAUAG